AUGGGUCUGAAACUGGCGACCAAAAAGUCGUACCAUCCCGGAAAAGAGACCAACAAGGCCAGGGUGGCACGUGACGAGCAGCGCGAGUUCGAGUCACGUGACUCCAAGCUUGAGUCCGAACGUUUGGACAGGUUCUGUGUGCUGCGUCAGCGGGCGGGUUUAGUCGACAGUGUAGUUGAAGCUAAACAGGGCGGGAAGGAAGCGGCUGUUGGGAGUUUGCAAACCUUCAACAAGAUAGUUGAUUCUCCGGAGAGGGUUAACAAGCGGGUCAACAAAAUGAACCCGGAUCUGGCAAAGACCAAAAUGGAUCCUCUGGCAGAUAUGAAUCGGUUUCUGGAGGAGACAGAAAGAUGGGAGGCUGCGAGCGAGGUGGGUGCGGGUGAUAAGCAGCGUGGAAAUGAUUCUGACCGCGAUAUUCACGCGCCUCGAAAGCGCAGGUUGAAAAGAAAAAGGAGAUCACAUCGAGUGACUAAAGACAGAUGA